GAGCCCUACAAAGCCCAGAAGGCCUAGGAGCAGGAAGGGGGGCUGACUGGAGCAUCCAACCCUGAGGAUCAGACAGCAGCAGAUUGGAAGAGAGAGAGAGAGAGAGACCUGGAACUUCCCUUCUGCUGAAAUCAGACAGGGCACAGGGCGCAGGUGAGAGCAAGGAGUGACAGUGGAUUGCCCCCUUCAGGAGCUAAAAUCUCUGGGCUGUUUCCAUCCCACUUGGUUCCCCCCACUGCCCCGAUGAUCCUGUCUCUGUGCCUUUUGCUUCCUGUAAUGAAUCCAAGCAGUCAGAAUAUCUGCUCAGCUCCCGGUGUUGUCCUUGCCCCCAUCCUCUACCUGAGCCAGAGGUCUGCUCAACAGGGGGACUCUGUGCAGCUCCAGUGCUCUGUGGUCUCCCAGGCCCCAGCCACCCGCAUCGUCUACUGUAAGGACGGAGAGGAGGUUUUCUCCCAGGCAGGGUUGAAGAAGAAGGUCACCUACAGCUAUGACCACACAGUGUCCAUGGGCAGCUCUGGGAAUUACUCCUGCGGGUACGAGAUCAAGGAGAGCUACAAGCAAGUGAACAGAUCCCAGCUCAGCCCUGCCAAGCACCUCAGUGUUACUGCGCUGAGUCCCAGAAGCCAGGAGAUCUGCUCAGAUCCAGGUGCUUUCCCUGCCCCCAUCCUCUAUCUGAGCCAGACGUCCGCCCAACAGGGAGACUCUGUGCUGCUCCAGUGCUCUGUGGUCUCCCAGGCCCCAGCCACCCGUGUUGUCUACUGUAGGGACGGGGAGGAAGUUUUCUUCCAGGCAGGGUUGAAGAAGAAGGUCAUCUACAGCUAUGACCACACAGUGUCCAUGGGCAGCUCUGGGAAUUACUCCUGCGGGUACGAGAUCAAGGAGAGCGACAAGCAAGUGAACAGAUCCCAGCUCAGCCCUGCGAAGCACCUCAGUGUUUCCGCGCUGAGUCCCAGCAGCCAGGAGAUCUGCUCAGCUCCCGGUGCUCUCCCUGCCCCCACCCUCUACCUGAGCCAGACGUCUGCUCAACAGGAUGACUCCGUGCAGCUCAAGUGUUCUGUGGUCUCGCAGGCCCCAACCACCCACGUCAUCUUCUGUAAGGAUGGGGAGGAGGUUUUCUCCCAGACAGGGUUGGAGAAGAAUGUCUCCUACAGCUAUGACCAUGCGGUGUCCAUGGGCAGCUCUGGGAAUUACUCCUGCGGGUAUGAGAUCAAGGAGAGCAACAAGCAGGUGACCAGAUCCAAGCUCAGCCCUGCCCAGCACCUCAGCAUUACUGGCAGCGUGAGCAAUAGAGGAAGAGGGGAGGAGCCGACCCGUACAGAGCCAGUCAUGUCUCUCGUCAUCUGGGCUGCUCGCUGUGUCCUGGUCCUGCUCCUCUUGCUCUCUGCACCUAUCAUCACUUUCAUGCUGGAGAGACGGGGCUUGCCUCAUCUCACAGGGCUGGAGAAGACUCACAGGGGUAGCAUCAGCAUCAUGGAGGACUGCUCCCCUAGGAUCCUACCCCCUACCUGCCCCCUGAUUGCCCUGACCAUUAUCCACACACCCGCCCCAUGA